GGAUGGGCCCCUCUCGAUCUCUCAGAGGAUGCACCACCCAUUGGUGGAGUAUCCGUACACGAUUUCGUGCAAGCUUAUAGUGGUCUCUUUGAAGCUUCGGCAUCCUUUUUCAACUCGCCGCUUUCUUACAAAGAGCAGUUCAUCCGAGGCACAGAGGGUUCUGAAGACGGUUACAAUCGCGUCACAGGAGAGAAAGAAAUGAUCACCAUCAGGACUGCGGACACCACGCCCGAAGAUCUCCGUCAAAGAGCUGCUAUAUGUUGGGAGUUGUGUGGUAGGAUCAUGCUCGAUGUGAUCCAAGACAUCUCCAGCAGUCUCUGUCUCGAAAACGAUGACCUGCGUGACAUGGUCGCGCCAUGUGCGACUUUGCCACCUUCUGGACAGCGAGUAGCCACGUUGUUACGUAUGUUUCGCUAUGAACGAGGUGCAGGGACACCGCUCGGGAACGAACCUGGGUUACGAGAUAGGCGAAUAGUGGCGGAGCGACAUCGAGAUCUGGGCUUACUUUCACUGGUCGUUGGCUCCUCGCAUGGUCUUGAAGUGUGGGAUCCCUACGCCAAUGCGUGGUAUGCCAUCGAGGAACAUCAAGCGGCGCCUGGCAGGCUCACUGCGACCAUUCUCGCUGGGGAAACACUGGCUCGCUUGACGAAUCACAAAUACAACCCCGGUGGCCAUCGAGUGGUUGUGUCAAAUUUGGACGACAGCCCAUAUCGAUUCAGCCUUGUGUAUGCCUUACGAGCGCAUCACCCUGUCCAAGUCGACACUGACCGUUUGACAACUUCAAUUACCGGCACAUUCACGCGACCCUUGGCUGCUCUGACCGCUGGAGAACUGUACAGCCAGAUCUCCAACGCUCACUUCAAUAUCAAUGCAGACAUGGCCCAGCGCCGCAAGCAGGAAGAACGCUUGAAG